AUGAAGGUCGUUGCUGAGUAUGAUGUGAAGAUGGUUGCUUGCACAGUCCCAGCAUCGCUGUACAGACUUCCAAAGGCAGAAAAGAACCUGAAGAUUGAAAGCAUACGUCUGAAGCAGGACUUUGGAUAUGUGGAGAUGAGGAUGAAGCUUCCAAAGAUCAAGUGUGCAUCUGCAGCCGGAGAUGGCAAAGAUCGUUCUGUGAUAAGCUAUGGGAGCUAUGGAUAUAAGCCAUUGUCUAUGCAAUGGUAUGCUAUGAUAGACCAUGAUACAAACGUGGUUUUUCUUCGGAAGAUUGACUGUGUGCAUCUUUUCAACCCGAGAUUUGAGGACGUUGAAGUAGAGGAUGUAAGCAAAUGUGACGGGUAUCAGUUAAGAAAAGCAGAAAGCCGAGAGGAGCAAGAGUAUAGAAAGAAGAACAUCAACUUUCAGCUCAAGAAGAUGAAUCUUGAGGAGUUUGUUGAGCUGGAGUACAAAGUGAGAGACAUGAGCUUGGAAUGCAAAGAGGACCAAGAUGUUAGGAAGCCCAAUAAUUCAAGGAAGCCUACGGGCAAACUCAAGAAAUCCAUUGAGAACUCGAAAGUAAUGAACUUUUCGGAGAUGAUGCUGCUCCAUCAAGACGAAAAUGCAGUUAAGAAUGCACUACAGACAUACACAAGCUUUGUGCAUGGACGAUAUGUUAUUUCAAAUGCAUUCUAUGAGAAGAGGCUUCAUUGCAUUAGAAACAAGAUUUUAGAUUUGUUUAAUUAUAAUGAGCGGAUUCUGAUGAGGGAUGUUCAGGAUUUUAUCGAUGGAGAGUAUUUUCUUCUUGAGGAGCUGUGUAACAGAGAAGGCAAGCAUUUUUGUCUGAAGGGGUUUGAUGAGGGGAUCAAUGUACUACCUGAGGAAAGGAUGGGUGUAAGAGUUAUAAAUGCCGUUCGAAAGCUGCAGCCCUGUGUGGUAGAGAAGGUGGGUGAAGAGCUGUUGGUUGAUGCGGAAGCGGUGAAGAUGAAUUUGCCUGAAGGAGUGGUGGUUCUGGCGAAUGGAAUGCUUGCUGUAUGUGAAGGAGAUAUCAUGAGAAAGAGGAUAGUUGGGAUGCUUACAAGCAAGGACGUGUGGAGGAAGGCUGAUAUUAUAAGGAUAGCACAGAAUGAGUUUAGUGAUGCAUCUAGGUUUUUUGAGGUGCUGGGUGAGUAUUGUGAGCUUAAGGGAGGAGUGUGGAGUAUUAAAGGAUGA